UUUUCCUUGGGAUAUUUAAAGAAAUUGACCAUCUUUCCUGCCAUUGGUGUAAUGAUGACUUCUGGUGAUACAUCCCUUCAUCCUCCUAUCCAAGAGGAUAAGUCAUCUGGACAAUGUAGGGAAAGUGAAAGCUCAAACUAUUCUGCAGGUACUCUUAGUACGAGCAUCAACAUCAGUCAAGACAGUAGCUGCAGCAAAAGUUCCAGGCUGUCUGGAAGUGCUCAGUUUAACUAUUCCAGUGACUUUCAUGAUAACACGUCAAGAACAGCUGUCAAAGGCAGCAGGAACAGCAUUUGUUCAGAAGAGAACAACGGUGGAACUACUCAGAACUACUACGACAAAGAUUUUCACUCAGGUUCCUCCGCAACCUCAAAAUGGGAAGAGUGUAGCAGCUUUACUAUCCCAUUGCUGCAGCCACUAGAAACCCAAGAGUGGAACUUACCAGGAAAGAAAAAGGAAAAUAAUCUCCAUAUAAAAGGAGGCAAAAAGUUGCCUAAAAAGAAACCUCCGCAGAAGACCUCGGAAGACCAUACCAUCAAUGCUCAGGAGAAAAAUAACAUGGCUUACCAUCUAUUGUCAGCAAGAGACCACAAAAUUAAAGAACUGAAAAACGAAGUGGCUGUUCUCCAGAAUAAAUUGGAGACAUCUACUCUGGAAAAUAACAUGUUGAAGGGUCUUCAGUGCCAGCAUUUAAAAACAAUAAAGAAAUAUGAAAAUGCCGAGAUUAACCUGCCUGAUCUCUUGGCCAGGCGCUCUAAUGAAGUGCAGACUCUGAGAGCACUUCUCAAGAAAUCUCAGGAAGAAGAGCGCAGGGCUUCCAAGAAGCUGAGAGACGUUGAGGUACAACUCUUAAAAACAACGGACUCAUUGCGGGCAUUGCAGAAACUUUGUCAAGACAAGAAACUUGAAGAGAGAGAACAACUUCAGCGUAAAGUAAUAACACUUACCCAAAAAUUGGAAGCCAGUGAUAAGAGAACCCAG